AUGGCGUCGAGAGCAACAUUUCUGCUGCUCUGCCUCGGCCUCUUGCUCGCCCUCACCACUCUCACCACCGAGGCGGCCCCAUCGAACGCCAAACGCAGCGGAUAUGUCGUCCACGAAAAGCGCGAGACUGUGCACCCCCGAUGGACUAAACGUGAUCGCGUGCCUCGGCAUAAGAUGUUGCCGAUGCGAAUUGGACUGAUGCAAACGAAUUUGGAAAAGGCUUACGACCAUUUGCUCGACGUAUCCCACCCAGAAUCUGAGAACUACGGAAAACACUGGAGUCCCGAAGAUGUUAUCAAGGCAUUUGCGCCAUCUGACGAGACUGUCUCCAAGGUCAAGAGCUGGCUCGUCGACAGCGGGAUCCCAGCAGAUCGCGUUACUCACUCGGAUAACCAGGGCUGGCUUGCCUUCUUUGCCACACCGGAUGAGGCCGAGGACCUGCUGCAGACAGAGUUCCACGAGUUCGAGGACUCGGUGACCGGCGGCGUUACUCCCGCAUGCGAUCAGUACCAUGUGCCGCAUCAUAUCAAGGACCAUGUCGACUACAUCACUCCCGGAAUCAGGCUACUUGCUCCGGUAGAUGACUCCCAGCAGUUCAAGAGCGAGGAUAUGAUCCGUGUUCGUCGCGAUAAUGAGAAGAAAUCCCGAUCCGCACGUAUUAUGCACAGUCUCAGGACGCAAGCCGAUGAGUCCAUUGUCGAAACCAUGCUGCAAAGCAAAAACGCUGAGGGAAAGGGCUCUGAUCUCAGUACUUGCGACGUGGCAAUUACUCCGGCUUGCAUAGCUGCUUUGUACAAGAUCCCAGAGAACAAGAGAAAGCCGCAUCCGAACAACUCAUUGGCGGUCUUUGAGUCGGAACUGCAAUUCUAUCUCCAGGAGGAUCUCGAUCUUUUCUUUGCCAAUUUCACGAAACAGAUUCCCAAGGGAACGCAUCCUAUUGCUGCCAACAUUGAUGGUGGUCAACAGGCUACUACUGACCCAUACCAGGCCGGUGGUGAGGUCAACCUCGACCUAAUGCUUGCCUAUCCUAUCGUCUAUCCUCAAACCAUUGUUGACUACGAGGUCGAUGACUUUUUGGUUCAAUCUAACCCGAACGACACUUAUAAUAUGGGAGGAUUCAAUAAUUUCCUUAAUGCCUUGGACGGUUCGUACUGCACAUUCUCUGCCUAUAACGAAACCGGAAACGACCCCGAUCUGGACCAAGAAUACCCAGAUCCUAACUCCGGCGGCUGGGGUGGCCCAUUGAUGUGCGGUGUCUACAAGCCAACGAAUGUCAUCUCGGUCUCAUACGGUGGCCAGGAAGCGGAUCUUCCUCUCUCCUACCAACGCAGACAAUGCCUUGAGUUUGCGAAGCUAGGCUUGCAGGGAGUAUCUUUCCUGUUUGCCAGCGGUGAUUCCGGCGUCUCCAACUAUCCUGAAAAAGCUGGUGGUAUUGACGGACCAACCGGCUGCCUUGGAAGUGACUUGGAUGUGUUCAACCCAACAUGGCCAAACACGUGCCCGUACAUUACCAACGUCGGUGCCACCAAGGUCUAUCCCGGAAAGACCGUUUCGGAUCCAGAGAGCGCAGUGUUUGACCCAGCUGGACACCCGUAUAGCGUGAACUUUUCAUCUGGCGGUGGAUUCAGUAACGUCUACCCAAUCCCGAACUACCAGCAAGAUGCCGUAGCCACCUUUUUCGAAAAGCACAACCCUCCUUACCCGCAUUACAGUGCUCUUGCGCCUGAUACUGGCGACAUCAAGCAGUUGGUGGACAUCGAUGCCUUGAGGGGCGACACUAAGGGUAUCUACAACCGCAUUGGACGUGGUGUACCUGAUGUUGCUGCCAAUGGUGACAAUAUUGCUGUCUACGUGGGAGGAAACUUCAGUCUCUCCGGUGGAACAUCGGCCAGCACGCCAAUUUUCGCCGCCGUCAUCAACCGAAUCAACGAAGAACGGCUUUGGGCUGGUAAAGGUCCGCUGGGGUUUUUGAAUCCCUCUUUAUACGCGAACCCAUCCAUGCUAAAUGACAUCAAGAACGGAACAAACCCCGGCUGCAACACAAAUGGCUUCUCGGCUGUUCCUGGAUGGGACCCUGUCACAGGCUUGGGCACGCCUAAUUUCCCCAAGAUGUUGGAGUACUAUUUGAAGCUGCCUUGA